AAAAUUGUUAGCCUGCCAGUGUUGUUUGUUCAAAGUUUCUACUUACAUUUUUUGAUGUAAAAAAAACGAAAACUUUCGACCAAAAAUUUGUUUAUUGCAGAUAAAGCAAUAAGUAUUCGAUGUGAUUUGAUUAUAAGAUAAGAUAAGAUAAGAGCCUAGUUAGAGAUUGUUACAAGGAUGGUGGCUAACUCCAUCGGCGACGAGCACAUUUCGGGCUCUGUCCCGCCAUACAACAAUUACUCCAACGAGAGUCCUCAGACCUCACGUGCUUCUAUAAGAUCUACUGGGAACGCCAACCGUGCGUUUGAAUCUACUGAGGAACCAAAGCCAUGGAUGAACGGCACCUCGGCAUCUAUUUCCCCUGAACACAAGGCAGACCACACCGCAGUCUUUGUCUCUGACAGCGCCCAUCCCGACGAGAAGCCGUCAAAAUGGCGACUAUUCAAGAAGAAAGAGAAAGAAAAAUCAGAAGAGAAAGAGGAGGAAAAGGAAGAACUGAAGCCUCCAGUGGGCGUAUUUCAGCUGUUCCGCUACUCUACCUGCACUGAGCGCGCGUUGAUCAUCUUAGCGCUUGCAGCAGCAUCGUUGGCCGGGCUAUGCAUGCCCGCAAUGAUCAUCCUCUUCGGUGACAUAACCAACGCCUUCGUUUACAGCGACCUCAACCUGACCGUCAUCGCACACGACCUCAACAUGACAGUCGAGGAGGUGAAUGCUACGUUCCAGGCCAUGUACACAGAUGAUUUCUUCAGCGAAGUUAUUCGUUUCGGUGCGGGCACUGCAAUCAUCGGCGGCGUGCAGCUGGUGACGGGUUACAUCUUCGUCACGUGUCUAAACUACGCCGCAGAAGGACAGGUUUGACCAGUUUACAAUCGAACGCAGUUUCUGCGGUGCACUCUGCGCCAAGAGAUGGGCUGGUUCGACACGCACAAAACGAACGACUUCGCUUCCAAAGUUACCGAAGAUCUAAACAAGCUACAGGAAGGCAUGGGAGAGAAAGUGGGCAUGUUUGUGUUCUUCUUUGUGACUUUCAUAGCGAAUGUGAUUAAUGCCUUCGUGCACGGCUGGGAGCUGACCCUUGUGAUCAUGUCGGUGUUCCCUCUGCUAGCCAUCACCACAGGACUUAUAUCAAAGAUCCAGUCGUCACUCACGACUCAGGAGAUGGCAGAGUAUGCCAAGGCUGGCAGUAUAGCUGAAGAAGUUCUAUCGGGUAUCAAGACUGUCCUAGCUUUUGGUGGGGAAACUAAAGAGGUUAAAAGGUACGAAUCUAACUUGGUACACGCUCGCAACGCUGGCGUAAGACGCGGCAUGUUCUCGGGCAUCAGCCUGGGUCUGGUGUGGCUCAUCAUUUACGCGUCCUACUCCAUCGCCUUCUGGUAUGGCACAGGACUCAUCCUUGAUUCCCGAUACCCCAACGACGGCGAUUACGAUCCUGCCGUACUUAUUGUGGUUUUCUUCAGUGUCCUCGUUGGCGCACUGAACAUGGGUCAAGUUGCCCCAUUUGUGGAAGCUUUCAACAUCGCCCGCGGUGCUGCUGCCAACGUGUAUGACAUCCUCGAGCGCCCCUCUGCCAUCGACCCCAUGUCUGAAGACGGCCUCAGACCAAAUGAGGUUCACGGAAACAUUGAAUUUCGGCGUGUUCACUUCGAGUAUCCGUCCCGGAGCGACGUGCCGGUGCUACAGGGCCUGUCGCUGCGCAUUCAGCCUGGCGAGACCGUCGCCCUCGUGGGCUCCUCGGGCUGCGGGAAAUCCACGUGCAUUCAGCUGCUGCAGCGCUUCUACGAUCCCAGACAAGGAGAGGUAACUCUGGACUCAGUUGAUGUGCGCUCGCUGAACAUCGGCUGGCUGCGCGACCAGAUCGGCGUAGUCGGCCAGGAGCCCGUACUCUUCGCCACGACCAUCGAGGAGAACAUCCGCUACGGCAGAGACGGAAUCUCCUUCGAGGACGUCGUCGCUGCCGCCAAGCAGGCCAAUGCUCAUGAUUUCGUCAUGAAACUUCCACAGCAAUACCAGACUCAAGUGGGCGACCGAGGUGCUCAGAUGUCUGGUGGACAAAAGCAGCGCCUUGCCAUCGCUCGAGCUCUGGUCAAGCGGCCCAAAGUUCUCCUGUUGGACGAAGCGACUUCUGCACUGGACAACCAGAGCGAAUCUAUUGUUCAAAAUGCUCUUGAUAAGGCUCGCCAAGGCCGCACGACGAUCAUUGUGGCCCACCGCCUUACGACCAUCAGGUCUGCUGACGUCAUCGUGGCCCUCAAGGAUGGCAGGGCUGAAGAGAUGGGAACCCACGACGAGCUCAUGGCUAAAAGAGGCCUCUAUCAUUCACUCGUAACUGCUCAGCUUGCUCCGAGUGAAAGAAAAAGCGCUCUCGAGGAAGAUCUUACCGAGCAGUCGGAGUAUGAAACAGCGACGGAAUUGGACCGCGACGUUCUGGACGAUAUCAGCGACAUCACCGCCUCGCUAGCCAUGUCGCCCGCACGGCGCUCCAUUUCUAAGAAACGUCGAUCCUCGGCAGUAUCAGUGCGGUCACGGGGGACGCAACGUCGUUCUCGGGGCUCCGUGUACAUUCGUUCGCCUCCUCCCCUGGAAAAAAAGAAAGAAAAGCCUCCGACUCUCCCGAUGCGCGAGAUCCUGAAGGCGAACAAGACAGAGUGGCCGCAGAUCACGCUGGGCGUCGUCGGCUCCGUCAUCAUGGGCAGCUGCACGCCGCUCUACGCCGUCCUUUUCGGCGACGUCCUCGGCACUUUGUCCAUCGCUGACCCUGCAGAGGCUCGCGCCGAAGCAAACUUCUACGCUCUGUUGUUCUUGUGCAUCGGUAUUGUCGCUGCCAUCUCUACCUUCAUGCAGGCGUAUUUCUUCGCUCUGUCGGGAGAAAUUUUGACGAUGCGUCUGCGUAGCCGAGCUUUCUCUCAGAUGCUCAGCCAAGAGCUCGGCUGGUUCGACAUGGAUGAGAAUUCGGUGGGCGCGCUGUGCUCGCGUCUGUCUAGCGACGCCGCUGCAGUGCAGGGGGCGACUGGAUCGCGCCUAGGAACCAUCAUGCAAGCGCUCACUACCUUGGGCCUGAGCUUGGGUCUCGCUCUCUACUACGACUGGAGACUUGGUCUCGUGUGCGUACCGUUCAUCCCCGUGGUACUUGUGGCUGUGUAUCUUCAGAGUAAAAUUCUCUCUGGGCAGUCCAUCACUGAGUCGGAAGUCCUGCAAAGCGCUGGCAAAAUUGCCAUGGAGGCGAUCAGCAACGUGCGGACGGUAGCAAGUCUGCACAAGGAGGAACACUUCAGCCAGCGCUACGCCGAGGCGCUGCACGAGCCUCACCGCUUGGCUCUGCGCAACUCCCACCUACGAGGUGCCGCAUUUGGCUUCGCGCAAUGCGUGCCUUUCGUAGCCUACGCGGUGGUGAUGUUCUACGGUGGUUACCUCGUUGACAAAGGAACUAUGCCCUAUGAAAACGUCUUCAAGGUCGCAGAGGCGCUCAUCUUGGGCACGAUGAUGGUUGGUCAGGCCGUCGCCUUCGCCCCCAACUACGCCAAAGGAAAAGUCGCCGCUGCCAGAAUCUUCAAGCUGCUGGCACGCGUUCCUCUCAUCGACUCGUCGCCGUCAGUUGGUCGCACGCUGAAAGAGGAAUUUGACGAAGUGCGUCUCCACGACGUGCACUUCCGGUACCCGAACCGCGAGGACGUACAGAUCCUGCAGGGCCUGAGCCUCGUCGUGUCCAAGGGCAAGACGUUGGCCCUCGUCGGGUCCUCAGGAUGCGGCAAGUCCACCGUCAUCAGUCUCAUCGAGCGCUUCUAUGAUCCCGAGAAGGGGAAGCUGACGAUCAACAACGAAGAGUUGAAGACGCUGAAUGUUGGCAGCGUGAGGCGCGGUGUCGGGCUCGUGUCGCAGGAGCCGUUGCUGUUCGACCUGAGCAUCAGAGAGAACAUCGCGUACGGGGACAACAGCCGCGAAGUUCCCUUUGAUGAGAUCGUCGCAGCCGCCAAGCAAGCCAACAUCAGCAGCUUCAUCGAGUCUCUUCCUGAGAAAUACAACACUCGCGUGGGGUCCAAAGGCACGCAGCUGAGCGGCGGCCAGAAGCAGAGAAUCGCCAUCGCCCGCGCCCUCGUCAGGAACCCAAGCGUCCUCAUGCUCGACGAGGCCACGUCCGCGCUCGACACCGAGAGCGAGGCUGUGGUGCAAGAAGCUUUAGACAAAGCUCAGGCUGGACGAACGAGCAUCGUGAUCGCCCACCGCCUCUCUACCAUCCAGGGCGCCGACACCAUCGCCGUCAUCAGCAGCGGCAAGCUCGUCGAGAGCGGCACGCACGACCAGCUCAUGGCGCUUGGUCAAGAAUAUUACCGCCUGUAUCAGACAAACCGGUGAAGUGCUUACGAAUAAUGCACUCAAUUGAGUCCAAAAUCACGUGUUCGUCGAAAUUUUUGUAAUUAAUCUGUGUGAGAUACAUCGGUGAAAUGCAUCGGAAUAAUGCGCUCAACUGCGACCAACAUCAUGUACUUUAUCCGUGUAUAAAUUUUUAAUUAAAAUGUGCAAGACAAACCGGCGGAGUGCUUCCAAAUAGUGCGUGCGACAGUGACCAGCAACAUGUAUUAAUUUUUAAUGAGGAAAGAAGUCAUCAAUACCAGUAAGGCUAUAUAUUUCGUUUUAUGAUUCGUUUCAGUAUUUUUACAAGCCCAUAAUAUCUCCAAGGAAUAGGAUGGUUUUACUAUAGAUUCUCCGUUUACUUUCAUCAAAACGUAGCUGUUUUUUAUUGUUGAUUAAAUAUAGUAAAUAAAUGUUACCGAUAAAGUUACCGAUAUCUACAUCGUUGAUUCUAUCAUCUCUAAGUUUGAAGGCCAACUUAACGUAACGUAAAUAGUGAACUAAUAAGUUAGAAUGCUCGUCAUGUAUUCUAGUUAUUGCACUUCAAGUUCUGCCGAAAACUCGAUAAAUUUAUCACUUUUCUACUUCCGAUUAUCGAUUAACUAUUUAGAACGAUUACAUUGAAUUAAUUACUGCAGUCGCCGGAUUUAGUAUCACUUUACCUGCAGUGUGUGCUACUGGAGUCCUAUGAAUAUUGCAGUAGAUGAUUGAGUCGCUAAAUUUUAUAAGGAUUAUGUAAGCUGCAUUAUUCUUUCGUUGUACCGCUACCAUUUGAUUUUUAACGCUGAAGUGAUUACAACUAUAAAUGAUAAACACUCAGUGAAUAACAAAUGAUGCUAUCUUACACAUUAAUGGUUAGGCUCAACAAGAUUACAAAAAAUUGUACACAUAUAACAGCUGUUGAAUUAUAUUUUGAA